CGCCGUCUUGCAGUUCAUAUUCAAAGUGCAGUAAAUAUGUAGCCAGGAAACGUGGCGAUGAACGUGGCACGGAUUACUGUUUAUAAUAGAGUUUAAACAACGACGCCAUGACAGCGUCGACUUCAACGAAGACCCAGAUUGUUUCUGCGAUGUCGAAGCGUCGCUGGCAGUGGCUUGCCUUUCUCGGGCUGUUCCUAGGAUACUGGGGGAGCGUCUUCUGCCGCACGGCAACGGAAGCUGUUAUGCCCGCCAUGAUGCAGGACAAAACAAUCCAGUUCGACAAGCGUACAGCAGGAACUAUGCUGGCCUGUGGGAAUGGUGCAUUCAUCCUGGGCAAAAUCCUCUGCGGGGUGGCCUCAGAGUCGUUCGGAGGGACGCGAGUUCUGACUGUGUCUCUGCUGCUAGUGGCGUUCUUUGCCAUAGCCUACGCCAGGGUGUUUACCGCCUCCAUGCUGAUUGGUUCCUACAUGCUACUGAAGCUUUUCACUGCGAUCUGGCCAGCGAUCACCAAGCUGCUGUCAGCAUGGUUUGACAAGCAGGAUUAUGGGAAGGUUCUGGGAGGAAUGUCCAUUGGUUUCCAGGCGGGAAGUGUCAUCGCUACUGUUCUCAUCGGCUCCAUGCUGUCCAGAGGUCUCCACUGGAGGACUGUAGUGACCAUCCCGGCAGUUGCCAUGGUAAUGAUUGUGUGCCUGAAACAGUUUAUUCUGUACGAGUCUCCCAGUAAACUUGGGCUUGCGCCGGCAACACGAGAAACAGAAUCCCCUGCAAAGCAGAAGCCCCAGGACCACCCCAUGGACCCCAUGAGUGUGAGACAGGCCCUGGUUUACAUGAUGGAGACUCCUGUCUUCUGGGUGGUGGCUGUGGCUUCUAUGGCUCUGUCAGGAGUGUUUGAACUUCAGAUCUUCAUGCCUCUGUACUUUAAGGAAGCGCUCCACCUCACGCCAGGUCAGGCUGCGCAGGCCGCCGCCCUCGCUCCCGCCGGCGCCAUCGUCUCUCUCGUCAUCGGUGGCGGUCUCUACGACAGACUUCGCCGGCAGGAAAAAUGCAUCAUGAUCUCUACAUUCCUCCUCAUAACUGUCAUGUGUAUAGGAACGUUGUGGCAGUACAAAAACAUUGACGUCAAACUCGCCGUGGUGGUCGCGUUCUUUCUCGGCUUCUCCGUAACCACCCCGUUCUUCCUCCCCAUCACGAUAUUCUACAUGUCGUUUGGAGGCAAGCGUCACACGCCCACUGUGACGGGCAUCCUGGACUGUCUGGGUUCGCUGGCUGCAGUAGUCAUGGACAAUCUCAUGGGGUCGUUUGCAUGGAAGGACUUGUUUGCAGUGCAGUUGGGUUGUGCAGUGGCAGGACUGGUGUCGUUAGCACUGCUCCUGUCUUCACGUCACUCAACAUAAUGAGAAAGAUAAAUUUACUAUGAAGAUGAAAUUUCUUUUUCUAUGAAAAAGAGAAUGAUUAAAUUUCUCAUCUAUUUUUUCUCUUAUUUUCUGUAAUAUUAUUAUUAUUAUUUUUUUUAGAUAAAAUUUUACAUUCCCUUUUUGUUGCUGUAAGAAAUGGUGGUACAAUGUAUCAUUAUGGUGCUGGAGUUGAAAUGCUUUUGUAUGUAAGAAAAUUAUGAUAAUACCACUAAAAGGAUGAAUGAGCACGUUUCAUAAUAUGAAUAUUUGUGGAAUCAUGUACGGGUGAGCAGGCAAUAUGUAACAACAUAAAAGCACAAAUCAAACAUAUCAAUGCAGUACUUAUUAACCAUUCCUUACUUGUAGCUAUGUUUGCGAGACAUACUUAGAUACGCCAAAAAGCAGUUACUUUUUAAAAGCAACUGGAUAUGAUUUUGGAAAUGGUCAGACCUUUCAGAUGGCAUCCACCAUCUUUUGUCAGUGAACAUACAUAGAUACUUUACCAAAAGUCUAUGGCUUGUGGGUCAAAUAUAUUUGGCACAUCAUCUAUGGCAUUUAUCAGAAUCUGUCAUACAGAUCUGAUGUAUAUGACCCCUGAUAUAGUUCCCUUUUUUUAAUCCAAAUGUAAUUUGUCUCAGGAUAAGAGGCAUGUAACCAUAGAUAUUAAAUGUCUAUCCGGCUGAGAAA